AUUAAAUAUACCAAUGUUCGAAUCUCACAUUUCUAAAUCACGCUCAUAAAUUGUGGAGAUAUAUGGUUAGGAGAAAAACAGUACUUUUUUAGUGAAAAUGAAAAUAUAAAUAAUAAUUAACCAUGAUCACCAAAUAUUGUACUCAAAGAAUGGAACAACUUUUAGAAUGUAAGUAUCACAAAAAUUGUAAUAGAGACUAACUUGAUAAUGAUCAAAAAUAAUAUGAAUUGCUAACAAAUUUGGAUUAGAUAAAAACAUUCCAAUUAGUUGGAGAUUUUGGACAGGAUAAAAGAAAAUGUGGUAGAUGGUAGGGUAUUUGGGAUGGAAUCGCACUUUGUGAAGUUGCUGGGUACUAUGAGAAGGGAGUAAAAUAAGGAAUAUGGAAUUAACUAUUUAAAAAUUAUUAGAGGUAAAGGCAAUUUAUAUGUAAAAACAUGAAGCAAUAAUAUUAUAUACGAAUGUGGAGAAUACUCUAAGAAUCAAAAAAUAGAAAGAUGGAAAUACAUAUUUGAGAAUAAUGAAAUGUAAAUUUAUUUAAAAAUAUACAGCGGAGGUGGAUUAUAUAGUGAAGGAUGUGAUCAAGAAAAGAUUGGGAAGUGGAUUGAGUUGGAUGAUGGAUUUCAUAACUUUAAAAAAGUAAGGUAUAGUGGUGAAUAUAAAAAUGGUAAAAAAAUCGGCAUAUGGGAAAUUUGGCAUGAUAAAAAUAUUAAGAAUAAAGAAGCAAUUAUAAUGUAAUUAUCAAUAUUACUCAACUAGUGGUGGUGGAUCAUAUGAUGAAUUAGGGUAGGGAAUAAAAAUUGGAAAAUGGUUUGAAAUUAGUGAUGCAUUUAAUGAUGAAUCUUAAGUAACUUAUGUUGGUGAAUACAAAAAUGGUGCAAAGGUUAAAAGAUGGGACAUUAAGAACUAGAAUGAAAUAAUGUAAUAGUAUUUAAUUAUUCAAAAACCUAUUAAAUGCAUACAGUGGCGGUGGGUUAUAUAAUGAAAAUGGUGAUCAAAGUAAAAUUGGGGAAUGGAUUGAAAUUAGCGAUAAAUAUUCUAAUAAACUUUAAAUAACUUAUAAGGGCUAAUAUAAUUAUGGCAAUAAGACUGGUAGAUGGGAUAUUAAGAAUAAGGAUAAAUAGAUGUAAUUAUAUAUCAUGAUAGAAAAAACUUUUCGCAUACAAUUAGAGGUGGAGGAUUAUACGAUGAAGCAGGUCAAGGAGUAAAAAUUGGAUAAUGGAUUGAUAUUUGUGAUGAGUUUUAUUCAUGGUCAAAAAUAAGUUAUAAUGGAGAAUAUAAUAAUGGGUAAAAAGUUGGUAGAUGGAAUAUUAUGUAUGAGAAUUAAUAGAUGUAAUGAUAUAUAUUUAUUAAACAAAACUCUAAACUAUAAAUAUAUAGUGGUGGUGGAUUAUAUGAUGAAGCAAGUAAAGGAAGCAAAAUUGGAUAAUGGAUUGAUAUUUGUGAUGAGUUUUAUUCGUGGUCAAAAAUAAGUUAUAAUGGAGAAUAUAAUAAUGGGUAAAAAUUUGGUAGAUGGAAUAUUAUGUAUGAAAAUAAAUAGAUGUAAUUAUGCAUAUUUAUUGCAAACAAUCGUAAGCAUAUAGUGGAGGAGGAUUAUAUGAUGAAGCAUGUCAAGGAAUCAAAAUUGGUAAAUGGGUUGAAAUUAGUGAUGGUUUUACUAAUUAAUCUUAGGUGACAUAUAAUGGUGUAUAUAAUAAUGAGAAAAAAGUUGGUAGAUGGGAAAUUAAAGACAAAAAAAAAAUCAUGUAAUUUUAUCUAUUUAUAAAAAAAACCAAAUCAAAUUUUCUAGUGGUGGUGGAUUCUAUGAUGAAGAAGGCAAAGGAGUUAAAAAUGGGUAAUGGACUGAUAUUAGGGAUGGAUAUUCUAAUCAAUCUUAAGUUACAUAUCAUGGUGCUUAUAUAUUCGGUAAAAAGGUUGGUUAAUGGGAUACCUUACUACAUUGGAAUGGGAAUCAAUAGAUGUAAUUACUUAUAUUAAGUCCAAACAAAGUGGUGGUGGAUCAUAUGAUAAAACAGGAAAAGAAGUUAAAGUUGGUUAAUGGAUUGAUAUAACCGAUGGAUUUUAUUAUGAUUCUUAAGUAAUUUAUGAAGGUGAAUACAAUAAUGGUAAAAAAGUUGGUAAAUGGGUUACUAAGUUUAGAAGUCAUUAUGAAUUUUCCUUUUAAGUGAUGUAAUACUAUUCAUUAAUCUAUUUGAACAUUAAACUUUUAGCGGUGGUGGAUUAUAUGAAUAAGACAAAGGAAUGAAAAUUGGGGAAUGGGUAGAGAUUAGCGAUGGAUUUUAUUCUGAUUCUUAGGUGUUUUAUAAAGGUUAAUUUCAAAGUGGGAACAAAAGCGGAGUUUGGGAAAUUUGGUUCCAAGAUGAGAGAAACAAUAAGAAAAAAAUAAAGAUGUAUAUGCAUAUUUAUAUAAAUAACUUCGAUUCUCAUUUUUAGUGGGGGUGGAUUAUAUGGAAAAGGAAUUAAAAUUGGGUAAUGGAUUGAAAUUAGUGAUGAAUUUUAUUCUGACUUUUUAGUUGUUUCUAAAGGCUAAUAUAUAAAUGGUAAAAAAGUUGGUAUGUGGAAAGAAAUGAAUAUAGAAAAUUAAAAGGUAACUAAAGAAAUUUAAUAUGAUGAAUGA